CCUCGCGCUCUUCCACGACGAGCGCCUCGCGCUGCGCGACAUGACGGCGCGCAUGAGCGCCUCGUCGGCGCCGCUCAAGCCCGUCAGCGCCGCGUGGAACGUCCUGUCGGCCGUCGCCAAGCUGCGCCAGCGCGGCGUCGAGGUCGAGUGGGACGUGCCGAGGCUCGUCGCGCUCGUCGACGAGGUGGCGGGCGGGUCGGCCAAGAAGUCGAUGCUGCGCGAGCAUGGCGAGCUGCUCGAGGAGCUCAGGGCAGGCGCGGCGGCGGCGGCGACGGCGGUGGCGGCUGCUUGACGGUCUCGCUGGCAGACGCGUCGUGCAUGCCUCGCGGAUGUAGUCUAUCCUUCCCCCGUGUUGUUGCGCUUCCGCCGCUUGCAUUUCACUCCCGACAUUUCCCCUC